AUGAUAAGAGAGCUUUAGAUAAAAUGUUCUAUUGAAGAACAUGAUUAAGUUGAAUUAGCUUGCUUGAAUUAAACAUGUAAAACUAACAGAAUUUAUUGCCAUUAAUGUCUUAAGAAUGGAGAUGGAGAGGAAUUAAUUAAAUAUUUUAAUUAUAUUGAAAAAGAAAGUGAAAAUUAAAUAGCAGAAUUAAAUUUGAUGGUUAAAAAAUUAAAUAAGCUAUUCACUUAAUUAAAAUAAGGAUUAAAAAAAAAUAUCAAUUAUCUAAAGAGAUAUUGCUAUAAUUGGAUACAAAACAAUUGA